UGGAAAGAAGCAAGCAAGCAGACAGGAUUCAACCAUGUCUGCCUCAACACAAAAUUAUCAGUCGCAAGUUAAACCAUCUACUUAAGAACUUCACCUGUUCAAGAACCUUCGUCAAGGGCCGCCUUCCCUCCCCUGCGAGCUGGAUCUCGGGACCAGGCGGCGGGCGCGGCUUCCAGGUGGGCGGGUGUCAGCCGCCGUCAAGGCGCUCCAAGCGGGAGAGCGCACGACUCGAAGCUGAGUGAGCCGGUGCAACCGCGGCUCUCCUGGAGAUCACAACCGCGGACCAUCAUCCGCCGCCGCCACCACCUCCGCCACCAUGCCUCCUCUGAAGGUCUGCAUUAUCGGAUCCGGCAACUGGGGAUCUGCCAUUGCAAAAAUCGUAGGCCAAAAUACCAAAAGCUCCAAUCAGUUUGACCCUGUUGUUAAGAUGUGGGUAUUUGAAGAACUAAUUAAUGGUCGAAAACUCACUGAAAUCAUUAACCAAGAACAUGAAAAUGUAAAAUAUCUCCCAGGGCAUAAAAUACCUCCAAAUGUGGUUGCGGUACCAGAAGUAGUAGAAGCAGCCGAGGAAGCUGAUAUUUUAAUAUUUGUUGUACCUCAUCAGUUUAUUCCCAAAAUUUGCGAGCAACUUACUGGUCACAUAAAAGCAGGAGCAAUUGGGAUUUCACUCAUCAAGGGUGUAGACGAAGGCCCUGAAGGACUGAAACUCAUCACGGACAUCAUCCGAGAGAAACUGAAGAUAGAUAUGAGCGUGCUCAUGGGUGCCAACAUUGCCAAUGAAGUGGCAAAUGAAAUGUUCUGUGAAACUACCAUUGGUUCUAAAAAUGCUAAAAAUGGGAAGAUCUUCAAAGAAUUAAUGCAAACUUCAAAUUUCAGAAUUACCGUGGUGGAUGACUGUGAUACUGUCGAGCUCUGUGGGGCCUUAAAGAACAUUGUGGCUGUUGGAGCUGGUUUCUGUGAUGGGCUGGGCUUUGGGGACAAUACCAAGGCAGCUGUGAUUCGCCUAGGCCUGAUGGAAAUGAUUGCCUUCGCUAAAAUCUUCUGCAAGGGCACGGUCUCAAUAAAUACAUUUCUGGAAAGCUGUGGGGUUGCAGAUCUGAUUACCACAUGCUAUGGGGGACGUAACAGGAAGGUGGCUGAAGCAUUUGCACACGGUGGAAAAACAAUUGAACAGUUGGAAAAAGAAAUGCUGAAUGGGCAGAAGCUUCAAGGACCUCAAACAUCAGCUGAAGUCUAUAAGAUCCUGAAGCAGAAGAAUAUGGUUGACAAGUUUCCACUAUUCGUAAAUAUCUACCUAAUCUGCUACCAAGGAAAGUCAGUCAAAGAGUUCAUCGCUUGCCUGCAAAAGCAUCCGGAACACAUGUAAGAUCCCAUACUGCAACCUACCAGUAUAGUCUGUCAAGAUUUGUCAGCCUGACAUGGAGAAUAAAGCAAGCAAGCAAGCAAGGUUUCUGUCAACUUGAUAAUGGAGAAUUAAAGCAAGCAAGCAACAUGCAAACAAACAAGCAAAAAAGCCCCUGGUAUUAACUUCAUUGUGGUCUUAAGGAAAUUACUCUGUAUGCCUUUUGAGUAACCUGCGUCUUAAGGAGCAGUAAUUCUGAGAUCUCUGGGUAAUUUCAAUUGGACUUAGCGAUAAGAGGGGUGCAAAGGUGACAAGACAAGGUGUAUUAUUUCCUGUCCCUUUUACUUUAUAUUCCAAAAUUUCCAGCCACUGACUAGCUUGUUCUGCUCUUUCUAGCUCCAGCCUUAUUAAAAUGCAUCCCCUUUCCUCUCUCCAUCUUAAAUAUUCAGUAGUUAUAUCAUGCCUUUUUUCUUCAAUUUUCUCUUUGUCCUUACCUUACUACCUUACCUCAUUUUUUUUCUUUCAUACACAGUGCUUUGACUUUUCCACAUUAAUAUAUAAGCCCAAAAGACUCUGCCAAAUUCUGUUCAAAAAUAUAAAUCUGCAAAGGAAAAUGGAUACAUCAUACUAAGAGACAACACGGCUUACAGCAUUUUUAAUUAGGCUAAAUUCCAUUGAGGUUAUUUAAAAUAUUAUUCUGGAUUAUAUAAUUUGAUAGCAGUAUUUUUUAAAAUAAUGUCAUUCAUCAUUCUACAGUAUUUUUUGAAAGCAGCCAUAAGCAUCUUCCAUAUUUGUCUCAGUUUAUAAACAAGUGCAUACGUAAAUGUGUGCUUCAUUUAAGAGAAAACAUUAACACUUUUUAGAAAUAAGUUUCUUUAAUUGACACAAUGUUCCCAUGAUAUACAGUACACUAAAAGAAGUUUCCAUAUAUUUAACAUACACAAUGGAAAUAUUUUGAACAUCAAAUAAUUAACCAGCUCUUAAAUCAACUCACAAAUAAAUAGAAAAUAAUUCUGA